UUCCUUGCGCAAGAACCACAGAUCAAGAGCAACAAUAUUCUCCCGGAGCUCACAUCAGAUUUUAUUUCCAGGAAGCUGAUAGGGGGAACUAAACCUGGAACUCUAAAACGUCAUCAAAUUUACCCGUGACAGACGCAGAGACAGACAAACACAUUGAUGUUAAUGAAAUGCAUUGCUGCAGCAAGAAGGGCAAAUACAAAGAUAUUUCACACAGAACUUCUGUAUUGGUACCGGUGACUGGUAUUAACCAGGAGUACUACGACUUCGUGGAGUCCUCCAGCCAGAUCGCCAACGAGAGUGCCCGGAGCGGAAUGAGAAAGGUGCAGAACAGGCUGAUGAGGUCGCCGUACUCGGAAAUUCACAUUCCGCCGGACUGCACGUUCAACAUGGUGGAGGAGAAUUAUUUCGCCAAACAGAGUGGUUUCACUGUUGGCUCAUGGAAGAAAUAUGAAGCAGCAGAGUUUCAAACAGUCAAACUGAACAUAUUUAAAGGCUCGACCAGCAAGAUCCAUCUGGUGAUUCAUAAGAAAUCCUCUUUCAUUGGAAUCAUGAAGGUUCUUCCCCCUUCCAAGAUGUCCGAGGCGCGCACUGAGCUCAACGUCCUGAGUCUCUCUAGAGAUAGCCCCUUCAUUAUACGUGUGAUGGAUGGCUUUGUACUGGAGAAUUAUUACAUUUUUCUCGAAUUUGCUCCAUUUCGGACGUUAGAUCACCUAACUCAGGCCAUGAGAGGAUUGGGGUCAGACUGUGCCAGAUUGUACGCCAUGGAAGUUACUUGCGCCCUCAAGUUUCUACACGAGAGGAACAUAAUGCAUAGAGAUGUCAAACCUGAAAACAUUUAUAUCUUGCUGUCGGGUCAUGUUGCUCUAGCUGAUCUGGGAUCCUCGCUGCGGAUGGAUGGCGACACCAUCGUCUCUGCUGCUUGCGGAACUUACGUCACGCGGCCUCCGGAGGUCUGGAGCGGCCACCCUUACUCGAAGUCUGUUGACAUUUGGCAGUUUGGCAUGACUUUGUUCAAUAUCAUUUCUAAUUCGUGGCCCAUAGUCCACCCCAACCGAGAGAAACACAUUAGUUUAGUCAACAAUGGCAAGAUUCUAUUCUCCGAUCAUUUCAAAGACGAUGCUUCCACCAACCUAAUUGGCAAGAUGCUGCAGAUCAAUCCAAACAGAAGACUUACCAGUAGCCAGAUACUAAAACAUGAAUAUUUUGAGCCUCUGAAAGAACCGUACAGUCCUCCUUUUACUCCGCUCCAGUUGUUCAACCUGUUUGACCUUGGCGAGGAGGAGGUGGUCAUCAAGGUCUUAGUGAACUCGCUGGAGAGCACAUUGUGAUCGCAUGCUAGGAACUGUCUGAAGUCGCAGACAGAUAUUGGAAAAAUGUUGAGCCCAAAUAUGAACUGUUUCUCCUCUCCCCCUUUCAGACCCCCUCAGGUAGCAAGGUGUUAUCUUAGAAGGAGAUUAAUGAGCUGGUCUCAGUGAUAGAUUGGGGUGCCGAAAUCGGUCCUAGCAUUAGCACACAAUAUGUUCACACUAACCCGCAUUCUAUAUGUCCAUAAUAAGUAUAUAUCUUAAAUUAUCUGUUCAUCGCUUGGAGAUUGAAGCUUCCAAGUGGCAAGGUUUACAGUUAUAAGUUAUUGAAUUAUUCGGGAAAAUGCGUUAGGCUAGUAUUACUCUGUAAACUCCUGAAAAUCAUUUAUAAAAGGUAAGUCAAGGACCAACCAUGAGUCUCCGUGGGCCCCUUUUUAGAUGAGAAUAUUAUAAAGUCUUUGGCAAUUUAAUACGAGACUUAUUAGCCUACCAUUAUGCGGCGGUCCUGCUGGUGUAUAGUGUGCCGACCACCAGUUUUCCCCGAAUGAUCAUAUGACCAGUCCACCCGUGGCUAGGCCCAUAUGGUUUUCAAGUCAGGCAUAAAAUAAUACUAAUCAACCCCAAAAGGAAACAAAGCUUUGACUUUUGAUGAUUGGACAUAACUCAAAAAACUCUAGAGACACUGAAGUUGAAUGAAGGAAGAUGUUUUUGAUCAAUACCACAGAAUUUGACCAGUGGAAAGAAUAUAGAAUCCUGUUUUAAAAAAGUAACAUUUUCCCCCAUCAUGUCAUUUGAUAUAAUUGAGAACUAGAUGUACCAGGAAUUUAGUUUUGCGUGCUAUUAUUAUGUGUGAAUUUUAUGUUGAAGUUUCUUGUGUUACAAAAUAAAUUGAUUUCAACUUUUAUUUAA